AUACCUCCAGCUAUAAGAUUUGAUGCGUACUUUAAACUUGUGAAUGAAACUGUACUCGUAUCCAUUAAAACUGACAAUUUGAUGUAAAUAUGAAUUUGUGCUUACAACCAACCGAAAUAAUUAUUUUUAGUGUUUGUUUAUCCCAUCUGUUCAAUUGCGCUUAAAUAUGAGUAUGUUUCACAUACACUGCACGCUCCAGUUACAGCACAACUUUGCUUCAGCGUUGAAACACUGCAAAUACAACAGAAAUAUACUAAUCUGUGGUAAAACUAUGAAAACCGCAGUAAACUGAUUUAUCUUGUCAUUUCGAAAAUGGCAAACAAGUAUUUAAAAAUACUUUUUCUUUGUGUGUUAACACUAGUGAUUUUAAUUGAGAGUGAGUUGCUUAUUCAAAAGUUUGGAAUAGAUUUUUGUUUGAAUGCAAAGGAGGAAACUACAUUAAGCAGUGCUUACAUAAAUGAAAGCAGUGCAACACAGAUGGAAAAAGGUGUAAAAUACUUCAGAAUCACGUGGUAUGAUGUACCAAAAUUUUGGAAAUACAGACCUGAUGCUGCGUACAGUGGAUUUAAGGGAUGUAAUUACAACAACUGCAAACUGUCCUUUAAUAAUUCUGAUGCAGAAUACAGUGAUGCAAUUAUUUUUCAAGGUGGUUAUAUGUUUCCGCUGAAACUGCGUUUUAAGCGUCCAAAUGGUCAAAUCUGGAUAUUCUUUGAUCUUGAACCACCAUACAGAUAUAACAAACAGCGCUAUAGUUCGGUUCCAAAAAAUUCAUUCAACUGGACAAUGACAUAUGAUAAAAGUGUUUCUGAUAUACAUUUACCUUAUGGUGAAAUAACCAAAAAAUCAUAUACCGAAAACAGAAGUAAGAAUGCUAUAUUGCGGAGUAAAAACAAAACUGCGCUUAUAAUAAUGUCUCACUGCAAUACUCCGGCGGAUAGGCUAAGGUAUGUAAAUGCACUAAGAAAAAUUAUAGACGUUGAUAUUCUUGGUGCAUGUGGUACUAAAUGGUCCUGUGGAAUUAGGUCUUUGCACAACCACUGUUUUGAAAUAUUAAAUCGUUAUAAAUUUUUCUUAGCGUUUGAAAAUUCGUUUUGUAAUAAUUAUUUCACAGAGAAAGUUUUUGACAACUUUGAUUAUGAUGUAGUCUUGGUAACAAGGGGAGGGAAAAAAAGCCAGAUAAAAGAAAUACUUCCAGACGGAACAUAUUUAUCAACAGAUGACUUUAAAAAUGCUAGAGAGCUUGGAUUAUAUUUGAAAUCAAUGACAGAUAAAACAUAUUUAAAUAUGAUAAGAAGAAAGCAAAAAUUUACAUCAUCUAGAAGCUAUAUAUCAGUUUUUCACAAAGCUAUGUGUGAAAUAUGUAGAAAGCUGAAUAAUGCACACAUGUUUACAAACACAAUCAUAGAUAUUGAUAAAUGGGCAUUUUCCUCCAAUCCUUGUAGAUCCCCAGAUGACUUUGAAUGAGAGCGUUUUUCGAACAGUCACUUUUAAAACAUUUAUUAUAUUUUGGGUGCUGUUUUUCCGGGAAAUCAACACUUUAAUCGUUUAAAUUACAUUUUUUGUUUCAUUCAACGUGACUACGACAAAGUAUCAAAAUGCAAUUCUCCAUUAAAGUAGAGGUCACAGUGUUAUUGCAGGCAACAAGCUCAUAACAAUAGGCUAGUUAUUGCAUCCGUGUGUGCAUAAACCAUUUUUACUCCUUUAAAAUGUGCUAUUUGUACUAAAAUAACGAAAUAAAAAAUAAUCUGCUGUGACGUGAAGCAAGAAGCAAGAUGCUGUGUGUGACAAGCAGCUAUUUCGAAGGUCAUUGUACUUGACGCAGUCAGCAUCAAAUCUUACCAUCGGAUACAACAAAUAUUUAUGUAUAUCAAUUUGUAGUGACUGUAGUUACGACCUGGCAGACUCGUAUAUAUAUUGUAAAGUAAGGAUGCGAACCAUAUAAUGAAAACUUCAAACACAUAAGAAGUAUCAAAGCACUAAAAUAAAAGAAUGUUGAUUUACCAUGAGAAGUAGAAACGCAGAGAAGAGUAGAUUUUCAACAAAGAAAUUGAAAUUAGUCAAGUAGGCGGUUUAUUUAUUUUCUUCACUGAAGACCUGAGCCUUUGGGCCCUAAAGGCCACUGGUUUUGAUAUAUUAAGGGUUAUUAAACUUUUGUUUUAACACGAUUCUCUUGAAUUGAAACAGUGUAAGAGUUCAGUUUCGGACAAAAACUCAUACAGAUUUUUCGUAAUAAAUAUACAAUAAUAGCCAG